CUUACAAAUGCGGUUUUACUAAAUUACCCCAUAUAUCGUCUCUCACUCACUCUUCGUUCUCCAAGGGUUUCGUAGCCGGCUGUCGCGGUGUCGCAGUGUUUGAGUCCCUGAGUGCCUCGCCCGAGCGCUGUAGAGUACCGUGCCCACAGCCGUUGCCGCCCCUUCUCUUCCCGGCGGCUAUUCCAAUUUCGAAGUUCUUAAAUUGCAGCACCGGCGCAGGAGGAGGUUCUCUUCUAGUUGAGAUAAGAGUGAAAAAUGCUGAGAUCUAUCAUCUUGAGAGCAACCAAAAACCAAAGCAUUCCUCCUAUUCUUCAUCACUUCAAUCUUCAUAGAGGGUUGCAUAGCAGAAAUAAAAAGGCUUUGGAGUUCAUAGCGAAAGGAUUCAGUGCUCUACAGGAAGUUGACAGAGUCAUCGAUCACACUGAACCGAAUGACCCUCGUCUUUUCCCUCUUCUCAGAACUGCAAAGGAGAACUUUGAAUUGGCGUUAGAGGCAGACAAUGGGAACACGCAUGCAAGGUACUGGUUGGCCAGGCUGCAUUUGAAAUACCAGGUCCCUGGGGCCUGUAAAGUAAUAGGAGCAGCUUUGCUGGUGGAAGCUGCAAACAUGGGUGAUCCAGAUGCACAAUAUGAAUUAGGUUGUCGUCUAAGAGUUGAGAAUGAAAAUGUCCAGUCAGAUCAGCAAGCUUUCUAUUAUUUGGAGAAAGCAGUUGACCAGUUGCAUCCAGGUGCUUUAUACCUUCUAGGUGCUGUAUAUUUGACAGGGGAUUGUGUCAAGAAGGAUAUUGCCUCUGCAUUGUGGUGUUUCCAUAGAGCAUCAGAGAAGGGACAUGCCGGUGCAGCAAUAGCAUAUGGAUCACUUCUUUUAAAAGGUGCUAAAGUCCCUGAAGCCCUAACAAAAUUUAAUUUGAGAGGAAAUCGAUCAGAAACAUUAAGAUUCGAAAAGCCUGCACCGGACACACUUGAGGUGGCCAGCGGACAGUUCCAGAAAGCUGCAAAGGCAGGAUGUGAUCUUGGAUUUCAAUGGUUAAAAAGGCUUGAGGAUGAAGAGAAAUCUCAGGUUAUUGAAUAAAUCAUGUUGACAUGGUAUAGUUAUUUAACCUUACAUAAGCUAAUUAGUCAUAGCUUUGGGCUUAAAGGCAGUGGAUAAAAGAUCAAAAUGGGCAUAGAGCUGCUAUCAUUGUUAUUGCUUGGGUCUGAUUUUUGUUCUGUGCUUUUACAGUUAUGGUUAUGUGCAUUUGAUAAGAACAGUAAUGUAAACAUUUAAAUGCAAAGCGAACACAAAGCGAUAAUGAGUCGUCGAUGGUUCAGCUUAAUCAAACCAAACCUUCAAG